AUGGAACUUAGUUCCGAGUACAGUUUCCCGGGACAAAGGCAGUAUCUAUCUGCCGUACCAACCGAUUUUCGCCAAAGGGCAAGCAGCUUUCAUGGCACGGCUGCUGCCCGCCCUGCACGACCCCGGCAUGCCCACCGCCGGUCGGCGGCUGUGUCCGAGGACCUCUCUGGCGUGGACUUUUCUGGACUUGUAAAGAGCCAGGGCAUGUCGUCGAGCGUGUUUGAACGCAGCCCUUCCCGAUCUCCGGUCCUCCAGAACUCAGACUCUGACUGCUGCAGCGGGCUCGAGUGCAGCGGCUCGCCAUCGGCGCGGUCAAAGGGUCCGCGGGUUUCGUUUGUUGAAAUCCGUAAACCGAAAACACAGCCGCUUGAGUUGGCGCCCCCAAUUCUCAUGUCGCCGGCGCCUAUCUACAAGGCAGAGCCGUCGAGCCCGACCGUGAGUUUAUCCGAGUCGCCGACGCGGCAAAGACGGCGACUAUCAUUCACCAAUUUGUUUGGCAAGAAAAAACGUGAUAGCCCCAGCACAACACCGCAAUUGGGCAGCAACUCGGCGACGUUUGCUCGCUCAAUUCACACACCGCCGGAACAGUUUGGGUUCCAGCCCAGUCCAGCAUUGAGCUCGCCACGGCACUCAUUUGAAGAGCCCGAGCCACCCACAAUUGAUCUAAAUGCAGCACUGAGUUGCCGGUUUCCAUCGGACCACAUUUUGGCCGAGGCACCAAUGAGCCACGAAAGCCCGUUUUCAAAAAUAUCCAAGCGGCUGAGCUACAUUGACACCGUUGCCGAGGUGGAAGACGAAGAAGAAGAAGGAAAGGGAGACAUUACUAUCACAGCUGGAACGUUUGGCUCAGGCCUGUCGCCCGUGCACACGCCCCAGUUCGACACGAUACGCAGCGUCCCCAAGCUAGCAAUCAUGGACCCCAUUGAGAGCCCGUCGAUUCUAGUGGCCCGCACUUCUGAAGACAGCUUUUCAGGCUAUUCUUCGUCCUCCUCACGUCAAACCGACAAAGAAAAUGGCCUUUCUCAGAAACCGCGACACCACCACCGCCGGCGUCGGAGUCUGGCCGCGAUAUUUGGCCGAGCCAACUAA